UAAACAUUUCAUUUACCAAAAUGGCUACAAGUCGAUAUUUCAAUAGUAUAAUUAAAUGUAGUAAGCAGGGUAAUAUUUUAAUCGCAAGAGUGACUGACACAAAUGUUACACUAAAAAGAUUUUAUAAUGUCCAGAAAUGCACAGCCAAAACAGGGUUAGUCAGCUUGUUGAAGAAACACAGAAUUGUAGUAAAUUCAGCUCUCAUUACAAGGGCAAAAAGCACAUCGACUGGAGUCGAAGAAAUCCUAAGCAAAGCUGCAUCUGAAAUCUCCAAAGAUGAUAAGUUAACUAAAGUUGUUUCUGAAGUGUCAAGUAACACUGGAAUAGUAAAACCAGAACUGACAGAUGUCACCUCUAGUUUAAAUGCCCUGGGGGAAGAGUCUCUGAAAAGUCUGGGACUUGGAAAGUUUACUCCACCUGGACUAAUGCAACAGUUUUUGGAGUUGGUUCAUGUAAAUUUGGAUGUACCGUGGUGGACCUCCAUUGUGAUAGUAACUGUUAUAAUAAGAGGUGCGUUGUUCCCUGUAUAUCUGAAGGGGAGACAAAGGACCAUUAACUCUAUGAACCAUGCACCUACAACCCAAGUUCUGCAAGAGAAAAUAACAAGGGCAAGGAUGAGAAGGGAUGCAUUAGCAAUGCAAGAAUACCAAGCAGAAUUGUCGGAGUACCAGAAAAAACAUGAUAUACAGACUUACAAAAUAUUUUUGCCAUUGCUUGUACAGAUGCCAUUCUUCAUUUCGAUGUUUAUUGGACUGCGAGGAAUGGCCACCUACCCAGUGGAGAGUAUGAAGACAGGAGGAAUAUUAUGGUUCACAGAUCUGACAGCCACAGAUCCUUAUUUAGGCUUACCUCUGUUGACCUCAGCUACUCUCAUAGCAAUUAUACAAAUUGGAGCAGAAAAUCCCAAUUCAAGUCCUCUUGUGAAAAAAAUAGGAUGUGGAAUGGCCGGGGCAAUGUUUCUCUUCAUGAUCAAUUUCCCAUCGGCACUUUGCUGUUACUGGGUGACCAACAACACCAUCUCUCUCCUCCAAGCCGUCUUGUUCUCCUCUAAGGAUGUCAGAAAGUAUUUGAAUAUUCCAGAAGCUGUAGUGCACCAGAAGGAUUUGAAAACAAAUAAUAAGACAUUUAGAGAAUCAUUUAAAGAAAUUAAAGAGCAGUCAGGUAAUUUAAAGUCAAAUGAAGAGGCCAUAAGAGACUUUGAACGACUUCAUGCCAUUGAAAUGGAAAGAGCUGGGAAAGGACCCGUACCAGUCACCUACAAAUACAACCCAAAGAAGAAGAGGAGUCCAAAAGAGGAUAGAGAAACCCUGAAACUGUGAUCAAAAAAUAUAUCUGUAUAUACAGAGAGACAAGUGAAAGAGAGGUGACAGAGAGUAUGCUUCAUGAUGUAUUUAAACAAGCAGGAUGUGCUUGCUUUAUUUAAAUCUUACAGAUUUUUUUUAUUCAUAUUGCAGCCUGUUUGAUAUUUUAAGUAUCAUUUAUUUGUUGUCUUUCCAGUUUCCAUUUUUCUUAAAAAAAUUUUCAGUACAUGUAUUGAUACUAGUGUAGAUGUCAUUAUUUGACAUUUGUGGAUAUGAAGAAUCUGAUUGAAAUCAAAUAAAGUAGGAAUCGAU